AUGUCUCGUCCGUCCUCAUCCGCGAGCUCUCAUCGCCCGCCAACCUCUACCUCGAGCCGGGCUCCUCCACCAAUCCAUACACAAACGCAAACGACCGUCACCGUCCCCUUCACCCCUCGACCGAAACAUCAAUCCCGUGACAAGCUACAGGGAGAACACGAGUUUGCGCAGAUCGUACAAAACCUGGCUAGCGUACGAAAGAUCCCUAAGGAGGUGGUGAGGGCCGAGUUGGAAGCAGGGGGUACCGGCUUGGAUCUUGGACACGGGGAGGACGAGGUGGACCCGGACAGACAUUUGCCUGCCGCAUCGAGCUCGACGGCAGACAAGGGCAAACAACGAGCGGAUGCCCCGGACAGAUAUUCGUCGGUUCACGCUCGAGCUCAAGGGCAUGGGCAGCAUCCUCGGACGGGAUCGACCGAGAUCGAUGACCAAGACGACGUCGGAAGUGGUGGUGCACCACCGCUCACGGGACACGGUAGAUAUGGGAGGAACAUCAAUGGACACGGAGCGAGACCAGGAUCAGGAUUGGGAUCGGGAGCAGUAGUGGCGAUGGAAGAACGGAAGUUGGAUGGAGUCCCGCUUGUCGUCCAGGAAGCCUGGGUAUGCGAGGAUCUACGGUUCGUUCUCCAGGGAGUCCAGGGCGAGUUGAUCACCUUUGCACCAGAUUACGAUCAUACGGACGAGGUUCAGCGCCUGAGGGGGGUCAGGUGGAAGAUCGAUCCGUCACUCGAUCGCUCGCUCAGGAAUAUGGUCGAAAAGAUCUUGCCUUUAGCGACGUUUUUCACGGCGGUCACCGCGUUUUUGGACCUGCGGAACGACACAGCAUAUGGGAUGGUGAACCAUGCUCUUGCGAGCGGAAUCCGUGGGGUCUUGCGAGACUACCACAUCCUUACGGCCAAGCUCGAAUCUCUCUAUCUGACCUCGCCUGACUUCACUCUUCAAUCCGCCUUCCGCCAUCUCCACCCGACCUUGCACAUCCUCUCCCUAUUGUACGCGCUAUGUCUCGCGCUGGACAACGAUCCCUUUCCCGAAUUUCCAGACUCUGGUGACGAGGAGAGCGAGCAAGGUGAUGGCAAUGAGGAUAUGCGGGACUUGGCUGCCGAGCUAGGAUUGGAUCUACAACAGUUGGGAAUGGCUAGCAAGAAACAGUUGGCGAGAGAGGCGGCCAGUGGGAACAUCAUGGGCGGAGAGGUUUUGGGCGUGAUCUUGGAACGCGCGGCGGCGACGAGCGGAGACCCCGCAGCGCACUCGCUGUACUCAUCGGUCCUGCUGCACGCUUCGCAGCCUUACGCGCGGAUCUUGAUCAAGUGGAUCACGACAGGGACGCUCAAAGACCCUUAUGGCGAGUUUCUCAUCAAGGAGGAUCCGCGAAUAAACAAGGGUCAACUUGUGUACGACUAUUCAGAGGACUAUUGGGAACAGAGGUAUACUCUUCGUGAUGGCUCGAGUUUAGCGAAUUUGGUGAAGUCGUACAGCGACGCUCCGGCGCAAGCUUUCGUACCGGUUUGUCGACCAGGAACGAAUCGACUUCCCGGCGGGGAAUGCAUACCUCCCUUCUUGGAACCAUGGAAAUUCAAGAUAUUGCUAGCUGGGAAAUACCUGAACGUAAUCAAGGAAUGUGGGAUCGAAAUUGCGGACUGGGAGGCGCAGGACAAUAUCGUGGCGGCUCAUGCGGAAGGCGCCUUGAUCAGAAUGGAUCAACCCAAAUUCUACCAACGGAUAGAAACGGCGUACUUCCAUUCAAACAAGACAUUGCUCGAUCUAAUACUGCGUGAUAAGCAACUAAUCACCAAUCUCAAAUCGAUGAAGCACUUUUUCUUCCUGGACCAGUCAGAAUUUCUCAAUCAAUUCUUCGACAACGCCCACGCCGAGCUAAAAAAGACCGCGAGUCAUGCAUCAAUGACCAAAAUCCAGUCAUUGCUAUACAUGGCCGUUAGCAACCCGGGCAGUGCCAGCUCGACGGAUCCUCAUAAAGAACAGUUGCGCGCAGUCCUAUCAGACCAACGAUUAUACGACCAUCUGUUAGGGAUCGCUUCGAAAAAAGCUGGCGAGGGAAUCCUCGCCGCCAUCAAUGUGCCUACAGAGAACAAGGUCGACAAGAUCAAAGAGAAGGACAAGCCGAUUACCACGAUCGAGGCCUUGUCCUUAGAUUUCGAUGUCCAGUUCCCCUUGUCCUUGGUCAUUUCCCGCAAGACCAUCACUCGGUAUCAGUUCAUCUUCCGCUUCCUUCUGAACCUCCGGUACCUUGAAUUCUCGCUCGCCAACCUCUGGUCAGAACACAAGACUCCGAUCUGGCGAAAGUCCACCGGAUCGUCCGACAUAGAACGGUACAAGCGACGUAUCUUCGUACUGCGCGCCCAAAUGAUGCAAUGGGUACAGCACAUGCUUGCGUACGUCACAGGAGACGUCCUCGAGACUAGAUGGAAAAAGCUCGAGGACAAAUUAUCAAAGGUGUCCACCAUCGAUCAACUGCUUCGGGACCACGUCGAAUAUCUGGACACUUGUCUAAAAGAAUGCACAUUGACGGAAGGAAAGUUGAUUUCUGGCACACUGAAAAUCGUCGAUAUCAUAUCCGGCUUUAUUACCCAUCAUACCUUCUUCACAAAGAUCUUGAACUUGUUCAAUGCGGACCCGAGCGAAGAGUCGACCGAGGGAAGAAUUGCCCAACGAUGGGCUCUAUUCAAUCAAUUCGAUCGCCAUUUCCGGCACUUCAGUUCAGCACAUCUGGACAUUGUGACAUUUAUGGCGAGCUCGGAGCAACCCGCCCUCCUGGCUCUGGUUGUUAGACUAACCCCAUUACACGAUCAAGACGGCAAAUAG